UUCUGCCAAAAUUUGAUCAAUAUAAAUGGAAAGGAGCGAAGUGUUAAAAACUGAAAUAAGUCUACUAUUGGAACAAUGUUUAGGCCUCCUACCGACUAUCUACAGCUGUACAAAUAAUAUAUAUUUGCAAGGGCCAGUUAAAACCGAGAAUAAAUGGAUGCAAACAAAGGUGCAACUUUCGCUUCUAGCAAAUUCAGAAAACCUCAAUAUACAAACACAACAUCAACAUCGUCUAAAGAUAAAAAAACUUUCGGAAAUUAGUAAAUUGAUAGAGAACAUUUCUGGACAGAAUCAACGACAACCAGAAGGUAUCAUAUGUAAUAUUGACCCAUGCGCAAACCACAACCGAAGUGUUUAUACAGAAAUAGCGUCCUUAUGGCAAUCAGAAGAUUACGAUAUUUUCUUGAACAAAAAUUGUUCAUACUCGCGGUUUGAAAAUUUUGCACACCACAAACAGCACUAUUUGGAAUUAGCAUUGCCAUCCAUCCAAAUUUUGAAACAUAGUUUGCCUAGCUGUAUAGAUUUGCAAUCAUUGGUGAAAGAACUUACGGGUCUCAAACCUUUACUUCAAAAAUUCCUAGUGUUUUUGGAAGAAUUGAAGCCGUUUUAUGAAAACUUGGCCGACAUUGACGAAUUGUGCCAUGUGGUCCAACCUUCUAAACCCACAACGAAAGAAAACUGGCGUAUGUUCGUACUAAAGGACCGAGUGUUUCUAAAGAUUGAAUUUAAAGAUCCUUUCGCACCUCUUAGCACAAUGGUGGUGAAUGUAGUUGGACCAACUGAAAAAGUUGGACCAUUGAGGCGUGUUUUUGAUGAUGGCCUUCGUGAUUGGGAUCCAAGUCUAAACGUGCACAAGAAUUUACUGCGCAUUUUUGAUUUAUGUUUCUUUCCUAUGCCUUCUGCAAUUGAUAGCGGACCACCUCCAACAUUUUGUCACAUUUGCUGCUGUCAUAAUUCGGAACUAGGUGAUAUUCCAAUUGUCUCUUGUGAUAAUCCUAACUGUAGCCUUAUGUUUCAUACGACUUGUCUUAAGAAGUGGUUCACUACUUUGAAGGAAAGUAAAGUUUUUCUUCACGUUGGCUUUGGAUUUUGUCCGUUUUGUAAAACUAAAAUAUCUACAACGUUCAAAGAUGUGCUUCAAUAAGCCCCGAUUGGAAGGGGACAACAGAGAUAUUGCAUUCAUUUAAAUGUUGUA